CGUACAUACAGUGCGACUCUCAGUGCGUUUAUGCGACGGGUGCUAGCAAUGGCGAGCGGAAAGAAGAGUUCGCUUCUCUCGUCUUUGGCAGAUUAUGGAGACGAUUCAGAGCCCGAUUCUGACAUCGAAGACGAAGAUACAGGAACAGAGGACCGAUGGGGAGGUCUCGUCUCCGCCAGCUACGGAGAAGAUGACAUCAGCCGGGUAGAAGACCCAGAGAAGGGCCCAUCUGAAGAUGAGGAGAGCGGAGAAAGCUCCCGUCACUCUGAAAUAGAGGAAUCGGACGAGGGGAAGGAUGCGGACGAUGUGAAGGAGAUCCCAGAAGCAGAGAAGAAGAACCCUCACGAGCUUGUCGCGCUCUUCUCUGAGAAAGUGAGGAACAUGUCGCCGGACAAGAUCCGGAUUCCCUCGGAGCCGGCCGGUCGCUGCCCCAGCCACUUACAGGAGAAGAUCUGCAAGCUGUACGAGAGGAAGCUGCAGGAAGCUUCGACACCAACAACCACAUCCAGAAGAAGAAGGAGUUCAGGAAACCCCAGUAUCUACGAGAAGCUGAUCCAGUUCUGUGGCAUCGACGAGCUGGGGACCAACUACCCCAAGGACAUGUUCGACCCCCACGGCUGGUCGGAAGACUCCUACUACGAGGCCCUCGCUAAAGCCCAAAAGGUGGAGAUGGACAAAAUGGAGAAGGCCAGGAAGGACCGAACAAAGAUUGAGUUUGUGACUGGCACCAAAAAGGGCACCACCUCCAGCGCCACCAGCACCACGGCCACAGCCGAGGCUCAGAAGAGGAAGAGCAAGUGGGACUCUGCGGUUCCGGUGACCGUGGCCCAGCCUCCGCUGCUCCCGGCGGCGGGGCCCAUCCCCGGGGUGGUCUCCGUGACGACCACCGCCAGCGGAACCAAGACCACCGUCAUAUCGGCGGUGGGCACCAUCCUGAAGAAGGCCAAGCAAUGAGAACGUGGUGGUGGUGUGUGUGUGUGUGUGUGUGUGUGUGUGUGUGUGUGUGUUGUUUCAGUCUCAGAUUUACUGACCCUCAGUUUGGACAGUCCUGUUCCUGACCCUGGUCACAGCUGGACUACGGUCCUCAGUUCCUGACCCUGGUCACAGCUGACUACAGUCCUGUUCCUGACCCUGGUCACAGCUGGACUACAGUCCUCUCAUCCUGACCCUGGUCACAGCUGGACUACAGUCCUGUUCCUGACCCUGGUCACAGCUGGACUACGGUCCUCAGUUCCUGACCCUGGUCACAGCUGGACUACGGUCCUCAGUUCCUGACCCUGGUCACAGCUGGACUACGGUCUCAGUUCCUGACCCUGGUCACAGCUGGACUACAGUCCUGUCCUGACCCUGGUCACAGCUGGACUACGGUCCUCAGUUCCUGACCCUGGUCACAGCUGGACUACGGUCCUCAGUUCCUGACCCUGGUCACAGCUGGAUCAGUUCAGGCGGUUGGCUUCUGUUGAAGCUCCGCAUGGACCCUCUGUCUGCAGUCACAAUGGUUCUGUGUCUUAGAUCUCCAUGUUCUCCACGAUAGAAAUGUUGGGCUCAACGUUUGUAGAUGACCUCCUUUUGGAUUCCAAAGCCAAGGAGUUUUCCAGGAACUUCUGCUCACUGUUUUCACAACUCUCCUCCCCCCCCCCCCCCCCAAAACCUCUCCCCCACAACGGCAUUCAUGUUUAAUUGGCUUCUUGUCAUGUUAUUUUGUCCUUGUUCUUUUCCAACUGCCCAUUUGAAUGCCAAACUGAGUGUUGUUUUUUAAACAGUUGUACAUAUGUAUCAGUUCUCAAAAUUAAAUUGACUAACUGCAUCUUUUCAAA